ACUCUUUUUUUCCAUAAAAAUGUCAGAUGCAGAUACUCUUUCUCAAGACUUGGCUAGCCUCCAUUCUCAAAUUAAUUAUGAGAAGCUCGCGACUGAGGUCUACCAGCUAUCAUAUGAGCCUUGUUUAGAAAAAUGUCAGAGAUUUAUAACAGAAAAAGAUAUCAAAUCUCAAAAGAAUCAAAAAUAUUUUGGCAAAGAUGAGCUUGCCUGUGUUUAUAACUGCGUUAAGAAGUCCCAGGGGGCCAUGAACAUGCUUCUUAAUGAGACCAAUGAUUAUUCUAGCAAGGAUUUUAUGUAAUAAACGAUUUGAUUUCUCAUAAUAAGUUCCUGUUGG